UUCCUGACCUCUGGUGAUUCACCCGCCUUGGCUUCCCAAAGUGUGGAAUUACAGGCAUGAGCCACAGCCCCCAGCCAAUGGUGGCUGCUUCUGGUGGGCUGUUCCUCGUGGGCUGUACGGGAAAAGCCUGAGAAAGUGGUGCAUGAGUAGUAUCCUGGGAGACAGGAGGAGAAGGAGCCACGCUGCGGCCUGAGGAUGAGCCAGGCAGAGCCACAGCUUGUGCAAAGACCCUGGGGCAGGACCACGCCUGGUUGGAGCGUUCAGUGGCUCACUGCCUCUUCUAAUUCCUGAGCUCAGACGAUCCUCCUGCCCCACCUCCCGAGUCGCUGGGGCUAUAGAAUUUUUCACCAUCCAACAGGCUCAGUAGCAUGGGUGUGACGGUUCCUGAUUGGCUCAGAGGAGGGGGACAUCUCCGGGUGUAGCCUGACAAGGAGCGUCCGCCCCUUCUCCAGAAGGAGGAAGAAGGGCCCCGCUGGUCACACAGGACCCAGUCUGCGGUGGGGGUUUUCCCGCCACCGCCCCGCCCUCCCCGGGGCCCCCACCUCACCCUCUCCCAGCACCCUUCACCAUCAACCUGUCAGGCCCGGUCUGAGCAGGUCUGGAGGUGGGCGGGGAGCCCUGGCCUCCCCACCUCCUCCCGUCCCCACCCUGUUCCCAGCACUCAAGCCUUGCCACCGUCGAGCCGGGCUUCCUGGGUGUUCCAGGCAAGGAAGUCUGGGUCCCUGGAGGGUGACCCCCAAGAAAAAGGCAGCCCCCUGUGCACCCGGCUGCCCCGAGCCCUCUCCAGGGCCAGCUGGGCUGGGGGUUGCCCUGGCCAGCGGGGCCCGGGGGCGAUGCCACCCGGUGCCGACUGAGGCCACCACACCAUGGCCCGCUCACUGACCUGGCGCUGCUGCCCCUGGUGCCUGACGGAGGAUGAGAAGGCCGCCGCCCGGGUGGACCAGGAGAUCAACAGGAUCCUCUUGGAGCAGAAGAAGCAGGACCGCGCAGAGCUGAAGCUGCUGCUUUUGGGCCCUGGCGAGAGCGGGAAGAGCACCUUCAUCAAGCAGAUGCGGAUCAUCCAUGGUGCCGGCUACUCAGAGGAGGAGCGAAAGGGCUUCCGGCCCCUGGUCUACCAGAACAUCUUCAUGUCCAUGCGGGCCAUGAUCGAGGCCAUGGAGCGGUUGCAGAUCCCCUUUAGCAGGUCUGAGAGCAAGCACCACGCCAGUCUGGUCAUGAGCCAGGACCCCUAUAAAGUGACCACGUUUGAGAAGCGCUACGCCGUGGCCAUGCAGUGGCUAUGGAGGGAUGCCGGCAUCCGGGCCUGCUAUGAGCGCCGGCGGGAAUUCCACCUGCUGGAUUCAGCCGUGUACUACCUGUCCCACCUGGAGCGCAUCACCGAGGAGGGCUAUGUCCCCACGGCUCAGGACGUGCUUCGCAGCCGCAUGCCCACCACUGGCAUCAACGAGUACUGCUUCUCCGUGCAGAAAACCAACCUGCGGAUCGUGGACGUCGGGGGCCAGAGGUCAGAGCGUAAGAAAUGGAUCCACUGUUUCGAGAACGUGAUCGCCCUCAUCUACCUGGCCUCGCUGAGUGAAUAUGACCAGUGCCUGGAGGAGAACAACCAGGAGAACCGUAUGAAGGAGAGCCUCGCCUUGUUCGGGACUAUCCUGGAACUACCCUGGUUCAAGAGUACCUCCGUCAUCCUCUUCCUCAACAAAACUGAUAUCCUGGAGGAGAAAAUCCCCACCUCCCACCUGGCUACCUACUUCCCCAGUUUCCAGGGCCCUAAGCAGGAUGCCGAGGCAGCCAAGAGGUUCAUCCUGGACAUGUACACCAGGAUGUAUGCCGGCUGUGUAGACGGCCCCGAUGGCAGCAAGAAGGGCGCGCGCUCCCGACGCCUCUUCAGCCACUACACAUGUGCCACAGACACACAGAACAUCCGCAAGGUCUUCAAGGACGUGCGGGACUCGGUGCUCGCCCGCUACCUGGACGAGAUCAACCUUCUGUGACCCAGGCCCCACCUGGGGCAGGCGGUACUGGCAGGCGGGUGGGAGGUGGGGGUGGCUGCAGGGACCCCUAGUGUCCCUGGUCUAUCUCUCCAGCCUCGGCCCACACGCGAGUGAGUCGGGGGACGGACGGCCCGCUGCUGGCUGCUCUCUGCCUCUCACCAGGACAGCCGCCCCCCAGGGUACUCCUGCCCUUGCUUGACUCAGUUUCCCUCCUUUGAAAGGGAAGGAGCAAAACGGCCAUUUGGGAUGCCAGGGUGGAUGAAAAGGUGAAGAAAUCAGGGGAUCGAGGACUUGGGUGGGUGGGCAUCUCUCAGGACCCCAUCUCCGGGCAUGUCACCUCCUGGGCAGGGGUCUGGGACCCGCUGUGGGUGACACACACCCUGGCAUGGGGCUAGUAGAUCCUUUAGGCGCCUUCGGGCGUGGACUCUGGUGCGCUCUAGUGGACAGCAGAAGGAACGCCUUCCAGGAGCCUGCGGACUAGGGGUGCAGGGACUUCCUUUUGCAAAAGGUGACAGACCGCUGGAAAACACUGUCCCUUUCAGAGCUCCGUGGCGCACAGCGUGUCCUGCCUCGGUUUGCAGAUGGGAGAAAACGCGGCCCAAAAGCAUCCCCUCGUCCUAUGCAGGCUGGGGGUGGGCAUACUGCAUCUUAACCUUUUGUAUUUAUUCCGUCACCUUCUGCAGGGCUCCGUGCGGGGUGAAAUUAAAGAUUUCUUAGAGGCUG